AUGGGGAAAGAUCUGAGCAAUGACCAGGUUUCCUCCAUGAAAGAAGCCUUCACGCUGUUCGACACAGACGGCGACGGCAAGAUCGCCCCGUCGGAGCUGGGAAUUCUGAUGCGUUCACUCGGUGGCAACCCGACUCAGGCCCAGCUCAAAUCCAUAAUUGCCGAGGAAAAUCUGAAUUCUCCUUUUGAUUUUAAUAGAUUUUUGGACCUGAUGUCCAAGCAUUUGAAGCCUGAGCCGUUUGAUCGCCAGCUAAGGGAUGCUUUCAAGGUGCUGGACAAGGAUGGGACUGGAGGUUGGAUCCGAUGGCAAGAUCCGGUACGAGGACUUCAUUGCCCGCAUGGUUGCCAAAUGAGAAGAAAUUUCUCCCGCCCGUGCGAGUUUAUAGGUAAUCUGAAUGGUUGUAUUGUGCAUUUGGAGCAAUCUCUAGCUUUGGCUUCCGAUCAUGGCUGCCUGAUUCCUGGAGGUGCUCAGAAUCCAACCUCUAGCUCGAGAUCUUAA